CCCCACGGCAACGCGCCAGAGCUCAAGGAAGAAAGUUGUGGAGAGCCGCGGGUAGCUGGGCAGCCGGGGAAGGGAGGCGAAAGAGUAGGCUCCGCUGCAAGUUGGCGCGGCCCCGGCGUGUCCCCGGGAGCUCGUCCUGUCCCUCGGCCCACCGCGCAGCUGGACCGCAGCCCUAGAGAGGAAUGGGAGGCCAGGUCUGGGUCCUCGGCGGGUGCUAGAGGCUCUGCCUGGGUCCGGAGAGGAACUUGUCCCGCAGGCAGUGGUCCGGGGCCUGCAUUGUCUGCAGCAACUCUCCGGAAUCCGGAGGGGCCGGACUGGAUCGCGCUUUCACUGGGAUUCGUCCAGAGCUCGGGCGGCAGCUGCGAACGAGACUCCCUUUGUCCUCCCAGGACCUCCCUCCCUCCCUCCCGGUGUCAGCUGCUCAGUCCGGCUGACCCAGGCGCGGGACCCCAGGGAGUCCCCGGUGACCCCGCCUCCUUCGCAUCUCUGCCCCGCAGAGCCCAAGGGUGCGGCGACCGGAGGGAGCCGCAGGGCUCUGGACGUAGGAUGGUGGAGGACCGGUCCCGGGCGCGCAGCCCUGGGAGCUGGCUGUUUCUUGGCCUGUGGCUGCUGGCUCUCGGUGGUCCGGGGCGACGGCUGAACGCGCAGGAGCAGCCCUCCUGCAAAAAAGCCUUCGAUCUCUACUUCGUUUUGGACAAGUCUGGGAGUGUGGCAAAUAACUGGAUUGAAAUUUACGAUUUUGUCCGCCAACUUACAGAGAGAUUUGUGAGCCCUGAAAUGAGAUUGUCCUUCAUUGUAUUUUCUUCUCAAGCAACCAUUAUUUUGCCAUUAACUGGAGACAGGUACAAAAUCAAUAAAGGAUUGGAGAAUUUAAAAGAUGUUCAGCCAGUAGGAGAGACAUAUAUUCAUGAAGGAUUGAGGCUAGCAAAUGAACAAAUUCAGAAAGCAGGAGGCUUAAAAACCUCCAGUAUCAUAAUUGCUUUGACAGAUGGUAAGUUGGACGGUCUUGUGCCAUCAUAUGCAGAGAACGAGGCUAAAAAGGCCAGGUCACUUGGUGCUAAUGUUUAUUGUGUUGGGGUCCUUGAUUUUGAACAAGCUCAGCUUGAAAGAAUCGCUGAUUCCAAGGAACAAGUUUUCCCCGUUAAAGGUGGAUUUCAAGCUCUUAAAGGAAUCAUCAAUUCUAUACUAGCUCAAUCAUGUACUGAAAUCCUGGAAUUGAGUCCCUCAAGUGUCUGUGUGGGGGAGGAAUUUCAAGUUGUGUUGAGUGGAAGAGCAGUCAUGUCAGGCAGUCGGGAUGGUGGUGCUCUCUGUACCUUCACUGUGAAUGCCACAUACUCAAAGAACAUAAAACCAGUAAGUGUACAGCACAAUUCCAUGCUUUGUCCUGCACCUGUCCUGAGUAAAGCUGGAGAAACUCUUGAAGUUUCAGUAAGCUUUAAUGAAGGAAAAUCUGCCAUCUCAAGAUCAUUAACUAUCACAGCAACAGAAUGUUCUAAUGGGAUUGGAGCCAUCAUCGCUAUUUUGGUGUUGCUGUUACUCUUGGGAAUUGGCUUGCUCUGGUGGUUUUGGCCUCUUUGCUGCAAAGUGGUCAUCAAGGAUCCUCCACCACCACCUCCAGCACAAAAGGAGGAGGAAGAAGAAGAACCUUUGCCCAACAAGAAAUGGCCAACUGUGGAUGCUUCCUAUUAUGGUGGUCGAGGGGUUGGAGGAAUUAAAAGAAUGGAGGUCCGCUGGGGAGAUAAAGGCUCUACUGAGGAAGGUGCAAGGUUAGAGAAAGCAAAAAAUGCCGUGGUGAUGAUUCCUGAGGAAGAGAUACCUGCACCAUCAAGACCACCUCGGCCCAAACCAACAUACCAGGCUCCUCAGACAAAGUGGUACACGCCAAUUAAGGGUCGUCUGGAUGCACUCUGGGCUUUGAUCUUGAAGCAGUAUGACCGGGUGUCCUUGAUGAGGCCUCAAGAAGGAGAUGAGGGCCGGUGCAUCAACUUCUCCCGAGUUCCACAUCAAUAAGAGGAGAACAAGAAGAUACGAAGACAGAACAUUUUCACGAUGCUGAUUUCCACCCAAAUGAGAAAAGUCGAGUGCAUCUUCGAAGCUCUUGGAACAGCAGCUCAAUUCCUGUCAGGAAAUGUUUUCUCUGCCUUCUGCUUUACUUGCACCAAACAUUUUUAAACACUUGUUCUGCCAUCUACAUGAGGAAUGAUGAAACUCAGUGAUAACUCAAGAUUCAUGACAUUGAAAAUAAAGGAAAAUGUUAAUCUGCAUGCUACGGUUUAUGGAAGACAGCUUGUUUGAAUGUGUAGAAGAGGACAAAGAAACCACAUCAACAAUGUCAAGAUGACAUAAAACCAGGUCCACAAAACAACCAGCCACGUUGAGUCUUCAUAGAGAUGGGUGCUUUUAACAUGGAAGCCUGGCACUUGUCUUUUUGUUUGGUAAGAUCUUUAGCUUUAGGCAGAACAUGAAAUUUCCCACCAGGCUGAAUAAAUAACAGAGCCAUUGCCUUAUAGCUAUGUCAGAUAGCAAAACCUUUCAAGACCCUUAUCACAGUGUGCCUUACGGGAAGUUUCUGACCAGAGAAUCUUGUCAUUGUUACACUGAAAAGUGCCAUGCAUGACAAAAUACAGACAAGAUGCCUCAAGGUAUGGGUAGCAAGAAAGAUUUUGCCCUUUAGUUUUCCAAGACACCUUUAUUUCAUUAUGCACUUGGGAUAAGAGAAUUAAUAGAGCGUUAUUCCACAGGAAGAAUGCCUCCAACCAAAGACCUGGAGUGGAGUUUAAGGACUUGUAAUGUGAGACUGUGUCCCCACGCCUGAUAGAUCUAUUGCUUUCUCAGUAUUGAGGAUUUAGUAGUGCAUAAAGCAUUGCUAUGUGUAAACAUCCUAGGAAUUUGUUUUGUUAUUAAUUUAAAGGAAGCAGUAACUACAAAGCUUCCGCUCAGGGUUUUUUCUUCCUUCAAAUCUCCAAGGGUUCUUCAACGUCACAAGCCAGCAACUUUCUUUGCAUGAAAAUUUCAAAGUUUAAUUAAUAUAAUUAAAGGCAACAGCAAGCAGCAGCCUGUGAAGAUUUUGCUCAUCUUUUUUAUGCCUUUUGACAUUGAAUGACCUAUCACUGUUUGCGUAUUACUUGGAUUUUGAGGAGCACUGCACCUUGGUUCUGAUUCAGCAAGAGAAAAAGGCCUCCUUUCUUCAUUUUAUAAAUUAAAUUCAGGAGGGUCACCAUCAAAAAACAUUGACAAUGUAUGUACUAUAAUUUUUUAGAAAAAUCGUCCUUGUGUCACAUCAACGAUGCCAAAUUAUGUUAGCCUGAGCAGAAACACUGCGGGGGAGGAAGAAGUCAGCAGCUGAAGAAAGCAGCUCAAAUGAUCUAGUCACUUUCGAUACUGUACUUCAGAUGCGAAAUGGAUAUUCAACUGGAUACCUGACAAAGCACGCCUGCUUUGAUGUGGACUGGUAUAGACAAUGACCAGUGCCUGGGUCAGUGGGAUGUCUCUCUGUGAGCACAAAGGCUUAUCAAAUGACACUAAAAAUAAGUUCAACAACCAUCACUUUGGAAGGGAGACAGCAAAUGCUUCAUGUUUGGCGGGCAUGUGCAUGCAAAAGAUGAGAAGAGCAAUUUGGAGAACCCUGGUAUAAUCACCCCAUUGUGGUCUUAACAGACAUUUCAAAGGACAGAGUGAUUUUUUGUUUGAUGUCCAGGUUUGUGGCACUCCUCCAAGAAGCCUUAUGCAAACACACAAAUAUACACACGCAUACAUUUAUUCUCUGCCUGGAAUCAUUUUUGCUCAAGCUUAUUAUUUAUGUCACUGACUGGCUGGAUCCAAAGUCACAUGUCCAUAUAUUAAUAAAUAAAUUUUAACUGUG